GGGGGCAGCCAGCCGCGGGCGACGGCGGCGGGCGGCGCGGAGCCGGGCGAGCUGAUCGGGCGGGCGCUGGAUUUCAAGAGCGAAGGGGCGCAGUGCUACAAGGACAAGAAAUUCCGGGAGGCCAUCGGCAAGUACCACCGCGCCCUGCUGGAGCUCAAGGCGCUGCUGCUGAGCCAGGAGCCGGGCGGGCAGCGCCCUGCCAACGCCGCCGCGGGCGGGCUGAGCGAGGAGCAGCGGCAGGCGGUGGAGGCCAUCGAGGUCGACUGCUACAACAGCCUGGCAGCCUGCCUGCUCCAGGCCGAGCUGGUGAACUAUGAGCGUGUCAAGGAGUACUGCCUGAAGGUGCUGCAGAAAGAAGGCGAGAACUUCAAGGCACUCUACCGGUCAGGAGUUGCAUUUUACCACCUGGGUGACUACAACAAGGCACUCUACUACUUGAAAGAGGCAAGAUCCCGCCAGCCAACAGAUACCAAUGUCAUACGAUAUAUCCAGCUGACAGAAAUGAAGCUCAGCAGAUGUUCCCAGAGAGAGAAAGAAGCCUUGUGAAGAUGAAGCCACUUCAGCUGAAGUGCCCAAAGGGGAACAUUUCCUUCCCAGAAGCCCAUUUGGUGGAUUUUCUUGUUUGCUCUGCCUCAUCCCCAUCUCCUCAUCCACCCACUCUCCCUUGCUCUUCAUUGAAUCUUGGUUUUGAAAAAAGAGACUUGGACGCUGGGUAUGGCUGCAGCAAUUACCAUUGCCAACCAUGGUAAUACCCCUUCCCUGUGACAGGAGAGCACAAUGGCUACAGCCAGCCUUGUUCCAAGACAGUGUCACACACCUGGAGGAGGCAGUGUGGGGGGACCUCUCUGGUCCCAAGCUGACUGCUACUGCCCGUAGGGAAGCAACCCCCAGACAACUCCUUCCUGACCAGACAAGCUGGAGACAAACAGUUUCUACUCUGAGUGAUCAAUGGAGCUUAGAAGAGCUGAGAAACCAAGAGACCACUGGCGAUUUCACAGGGGACAGCAAAUGCCUUUUUACCAUCAGCUCCCCCUGCCUGCUUCUCCAGUGUGUGCUGUCAGUCUCCAUUGAGAGCUCACAUGCUCCCAAUCCGAUUCGUGAAACUGUUUCUAAACAUCCUCUUAAUGAAAGCACAGAGCACCCUACAAUACCCCCAGAGCUGUCCCAGUGCCAGAGGAGAAGGUUGUGGGGUACCACAGAAGGCUGAAUAGACUGUGAAAGUGUGGUGUACAGUAUGAGGGAAAAACUGUGAAAUAAUUCAUUAAAGGCAAAUAAAAAUUAUUAAUAGGCAACAAGUCCAGGCAUUGCUUUUAGAAGGGACUUGUGGGUUCUUCAUAUCCAGACAGGCAACAUCAUCUAGUGUGGGUAGCAUGGGGUGGGGGACAGGGAUGUCUCCAUUUGUGUACCAGCUCUGCCAAUGCCUUGCUGUGUGGUCUUGGGCAAGUCACUUAGCCUCUCUGUGCCUCGGUUUCCCCAUCUGUACACUGGGGAUAAUAAUAAUACUUCCCUACCUCGCAGGGGUGUUGUGAGGAUUUACUAGUUCAUGUCUGUAAGUAAUAGUACAGUGAUGUACAGUGCUAAGUAUUACUAGUACAUUGGAUUGAGGUCUUGA